CCAUCUAAUUAGCUGCAGGUCGCGAAUAAUUUAAGUAUGUAUCUCAGGUAAGGAUGGGGAUACUAGUCUUGGAACUGCAUGUCAAAAUCGAUCUGUGCAAUCCAGAGCGAGUUAAGGAGAGGUCGCCGCCGGCGGGUUCGAAAAAUCCUGGUUGAAUUGUUAUCAAUCAUCGGCAGAUUCAAAAAAUCAAUCCGAACAUAUCAAUCCCCGGCGGGUUCGAAAAGUCCCACGACCGAGCAAUUUUGCACCCAACCGUUCCGGAUCCGUUCGUGCGGCCGACAAAGAGAUUGCUUCACCCAGUUUUGUAAAGGUACUGUAACAAUGGUCAAUGUCCUUCUAAAGGAAACAAAGGUAGCGUGCCUGAAGUGGGGAUGAAGUUUACAAGCAUUGAAGAAAUUCGAGAACACUAUCUGGCUUAUGCUCGAAGUGUAGGAUUUCCAAUGCGGACUAGGACAACUCGCAAAGCCAAAGAUAGAACUCCUAGAAGUGUUACAUUUGUGUGUAAUCGACAAGGAAAUAAAAAGAGCAAAACACAAGAUGUGUUCCACCCUUUUUGCUUUUUGCUUUUUGUGUAAAGUAUGUAACAAGUAUGAUAACUUUCUCUGAGUUCCCUGCACAUAAACUAAUGUAAACCUG